AUGGCGCCAGCAAUCACCGCGAAAUAUGAUUGGAUCCUUGCCAUAACCAGCAUAGCAUUUGUUUUCAGUGCUUUCGGUAACGGAGCGAACGAUGUUGCCAAUUCCUAUGCCACCUCGGUGGCCGCUCGGACCCUUACUAUGCCGCAGGUCGGCUUCCUUUCCAUGAUCACUGAGUUUAUUGGUGCUGUCGGUCUAGGCGCUCGAGUCACCAACACAAUUAAGAAUGGCAUAAUUAACAUCGACCGCUUCCAAGGCUCUCCUGGUGCCUUGAUGCUCACAAUGGGCUGCGUUGAGGUGGGCUCAGCCUCAUGGUUGAUGGUAGCCACACGUCUUGGUAUGCCAGUAAGCACGACACAGACUGUCGUCGGUAGUCUUAUAGGUGCAGGGUUUGCAGCCCAGGCUUCUGUCAAGUGGGCAUGGUCAUCAGGGAGUGUCUCCCAAGUUGCUGCGUCUUGGGGUAUUGCUCCACUGAUUGCUGCUUGCUUCUCCGCUAUCAUCUUCGGUGCAGUCAAAUACUCCGUGCUUGAACGGAAGGAGCCUUUCAAAUGGGCGAUGAGACUCAUUCCAUUCUAUUUUGCAACAACUGCUGCUAUCCUAGCGCUCUUCAUUGUUGUCGAAACACCAACUGCACCCUCUCUAGAAGAAUUUGGUGUCGGAAAGGCAGUUGGGAUUGUCCUGGGGGUGUGGGUUGGUAUGUUGGGCGUUUGUUAUGUGUUCUUCGUUCCAUACUUUGAGCGACGGCUCAUCAAGGAGGAUUCACGUGUCAAGUUCUAUCAUAUCCCACUUGGGCCACUGCUACGCCGGGAAAACCCACCUCUCUACUUCCCUGCAAAGGAAAGCAAGUUUGUCAUCGACUAUUAUGAGGAUCCAUACGCCGAGACGGAACAAGCAUCCUCGGUCAAUUCUCUCAAAGAGCAGAGACCCUCAACUGGCGAUGAAGUACAAACGACUUCAGACGCAUCAACUCUGGAGAAGGGACAUAUUGGCAUCAAUAAUGCCCAGUCGGGUGCUGCCGUAUCAAAGAGACCACCAACCCCAUAUCAACGAUUCCUCGAUCCUGUUAGACAUCUCCCUUGGACUAAUCCCCAAAGGUGGUAUGGCUAUCUCAAGUUCGGUCUCCUCCAAGGUGUUACACGUGACUGUGUUUCUCACGACUCGGCCAAACUUCGAGAAAUUCAUGCUCGAGCUUCCAAAUACGAUGUCAGAAUCGAACAUUUAUGGACGUACUGUCAAGUCGCCAGUGCAAUGUUGAUGUCCAUUGCUCAUGGUAGUAAUGAUGUUGCGAACGCUGUCGGUCCGUGGGCGGCUGUCUAUCAGACCUACUUAGCUGGCGAGGUUUCAACAACAUCUCCAACACCUGUGUGGUUCCUUGUCAUUGCAGGUUUUCUCCUUGGUGCUGGCUUUUGGUUCUAUGGCUACCAUAUCAUCAGGGCUAUGGGCAACAAGAUCACUCAGAUGUCCCCAACAAGGGGUUUCAGUGUUGAGCUUGGUGCAGCAAUUACUGUCCUCUUGGCAUCGCGCCUCUCCCUGCCGGUCUCUACCACUCAAGUUCUGACAGGGAGCACGCUAGGCGUUGCUCUAAUGAACUAUGACUUAGGAGCCGUCAACUGGGGACAACUUGCUUUUAUCUUUAUGGGUUGGGUGUUGACACUGCCAAUCGCGGGUCUGGUUUCUGGCUUGAUGUGUCUCAUGGCGCUGAACACACCUCACUUCUGA